AUGGCUGGUGGCAAGCCCAGAGGUCUCAACGCCGCGCGCAAGCUGCGAACCAACCGAAAGGAUCAGAAAUGGGCUGAUCUCGCCUACAAGAAGCGUGCUCUGGGCACUGCCUUCAAGUCCUCACCGUUCGGUGGCUCUUCCCACGCCAAGGGCAUCGUUCUCGAGAAAGUCGGUGUCGAGGCCAAGCAGCCCAACUCUGCCAUUCGAAAGUGUGUCCGAGUUCAGCUGAUCAAGAACGGAAAGAAAGUCACUGCUUUCGUCCCCAACGACGGUUGCUUGAACUUUGUUGACGAGAACGACGAAGUCCUGCUCGCUGGAUUCGGUCGCAAGGGCAAGGCCAAGGGUGAUAUUCCCGGUGUUCGAUUCAAGGUCGUCAAGGUGUCUGGUGUCGGUCUGUUGGCUCUGUGGAAGGAGAAGAAGGAGAAGCCCCGAUCAUAA